AUGCGUUGGCUUGGAAUUAUCAGCGCUCUGGCGCUACUGAGUAUUUGGAUGUAUAAGGCCGUUUAUACCUGGUUGCCCAACCACUAUAUUUUUGAUCCCGCUACCAUAAACGAGAUUUGUAAUGACGCGUUGGCCAAAUACGACACAACAUCCGCGGACUUCAACCUAAAGGACCUUCUCACAGAUGUUAGAAAUGAAUUAGCUAGUCAUUAUGGUGACAAAUUUAUCAACGAGAUGGUAGAAGAAGACUGGCUUUUUAACAACGCCGGUGGGGCAAUGGGCCAAAUGUUAGUGCUACAUGCAUCGUUCAGUGAGUACUUGAUCUUCUUUGGCUCUAUGGUUGGUACGGAGGGUCACACAGGUAUCCAUUUUGCCGAUGACUACUUUACCAUUCUUCAUGGACAGCAAUACGCUGCUAAUGCCAGCGCGCUCACGAAAGAAGUAUACAAACCUGGAAUGACGCACCAUCUCCCACUCGGCCAUGUAAAGCAAUACGGCAUGGAACCAGGUACCUUUGCAGUAGAGCUCGCUCAGGGAUGGAUUCCAUGUAUGCUACCAUUUGGUAUUUUAGACACUUUCACCAGCACAAUGGACUUUAUAACCUUAUAUCAAACCGUUAAAGUCUCUGCCACCAAUAUGUUACGUAAUUUCCUUGUGAACCGUAAGUUCUAA